UGAGGAGAGCGAGACACACUCAGGCCCCGAAAAAAGAAAAAUUAUAGAAAAAAUUGGAAAAAAUAAUAAAACAACAGAUCGAGGGGAGAAAGACCGGGAAAGGUGGCGUGGGGGCUCCCACGGUAGGUUUGCGCCUAGUCGGUGAUGGAAUGUUACCGGGGUUCCUUGUGAAAUUGACUAAUGCAGUGCUGGAAAGUUUUUGGAAGAUGAAGAUGCAGAGGAUCACAGCCUACCCACCCCAGACUGUAGCAGUGGGGACUGGGUAAAGGAGAGGAUCCGCAAGAGAGACAAAUACAAGAGAGAGAGAAGGAGAAAGAGAAGAAGGGAGAGACAGCCAGAGAGAGAGAGCGAGAGAGAGGUGGGAGAGAGCAAGAGGUGUUUGUGGAGACAUUUGAUCGAGACGAACGUGUCAGAUAAAAAAGGUUCGAUUGAGGCGCCCGUCCACAGUGACCCAUCUUCUCCCUGCCUUGCCCACCAGCAUCACGUUCGGCCACGCAGCCCCAGCCGCCAGUAGCCACUCAGAGUCUGGACGGGAGGGGAGCCACGGCAGCGUACCAAUGGCACCGGCACCCUAGGGCUGCCAUGGCCGCAGCUGCCACAGAUGACCCAGGCCAGAUCUCAGCACUGACACAGGAGGAGCACCAGGAGCCACGAGCCACCGCCAAGCUGUACGGAGGCGCCGUCACGCCGCGAGCGGAGAGAGAGCGAGAGAGGGAGAGGGAGAGAGAGAGGGAGAGAGAGAGGGAGAGAGAGAGGGAGAGGGAGAGAGAGAGGGAGAGAGGAGAAAGAGCAGGUGGGCACGAGUGUUUUGUUUGCGGGGCUCUCUUCGGCUCGCCUGACAAGCUUCGACUGCACGCUUUCUGUCACGCGGGGGAGAAGCCGUUCCACUGCUCGCAGCCCCACUGUCCCAAGGCCUUCAGCUCCAAAUAUAAGCUUUUCAGGCAUAUGGCCACACACUCCCCGCAGAAGACGCACCAGUGUUCGUUCUGCGAGAAGAUGUUCCACCGCAAGGACCACCUGAAGAACCACCUGCAGACCCACGACCCCAACAAGGAGGCCUUCCGCUGCGAGGAGUGCGGCAAGCACUACAACACCAAGCUGGGCUACAAGCGCCACGUGGCCAUGCACGCGGCCACCGCCGGCGACCUGACCUGCAAGGUGUGCCUGCAGAGCUACGAGAGCACGCCGGCGCUCCUGGAGCACCUGAAGAGCCACUCGGGCAAGAGCUCGGGCGGCACCAAGGAGAAGAAGCACCCGUGCGACCACUGCGAGCGGCGCUUCUACACGCGCAAGGACGUGCGCCGUCACAUGGUGGUGCACACGGGCCGCAAGGACUUCCUCUGCCAGUACUGCGCCCAGCGCUUCGGGCGCAAGGACCACCUGACGCGCCACGUCAAGAAGAGCCACUCGCAGGAGCUGCUGAAGAUCAAGACGGAGCCGCCCGACAUGCUGGGCCUGCUGGGCUCCGGCUCGCCGCCCUGCUCGGUCAAGGAGGAGCUGAGCCCCAUGAUGUGUAGUAUGGGCUCGGCUGGAGGACCAGGGGACCCCAUGAUGUCCAAGCCCUUCCCAGCCGGCGCGCCUUUCGCCAUGGGCAUGUACAACCCGCAUCACCCGCUGCAGGCCAUGUCCCAGCCGGGCAUGGGCCACCACCACCAUCACCCCCACCCGUCUCUGGUGCCCGGCUCGCUGUCGGCCGCCAUGGGCAUGGGCUGCCACAUGGAGCCGCCGGCCUCGCUGCACCCGCACCACCCGCACCACCAUCACCACCACCACCACCACCAUCAUCACCACCACCCCACGUCCCCUCAUUCACACUCCCAGCAGCAGAACCCUCACGGUCCUCCUCCCCCUCCUACACCACCUCUGGGGCACCACUCCCAUUCCUCGCACCCCCACCAGUCCCACCACCCGCCGCCCAAGUACCAGCUCGGAUCUACCUCAUACCUGCUGGACAAGCCGCUGAAGGUGGAGAUGGAGAGCUUCCUGAUGGAUCUGCAGAGCGGGCUGCCCGUCCUGCCGCCCUCCGCCGAGCCCCACGCCGCGUCCUCGCCCCCCAAGGAGGGCAGCCUCGUCGGGGUGGAGCACCCUGGCGGUGGUGGGGGCGGUGGAGGACUGCCGGACGAGCUGUGCGCCAGCGACGGCGGUCUGCUCUCCUCCAAAAGCCCGGCCGUCAUUGCCGAGUCUCUGUGUGCUGCUAACAUGGACUUCUCCCACCUGCUGGGCUUCCUGCCGCUCAACCUGCCCCCCUACAGCGCCCCCAUGAGCUCGGGAGGCCUGAUGAUGGGCUACACCGCCUCCUCCUCAGCCAUCUCCUCCUCUUCAUCCUCCUCGACUUCCUCGUCCUCGUCCUUGCACGCCACCGAGCCUCACGCCACCGCUGCUGCCUCCGCCGUGGCCGCCUCGGUCUCGGCCGCCGUGCCUCUUACCUCUUUGCAACCGCAACCUCAGGAGCAGCAGGGCUCUGGUGGUGGGGGGUCGCUGGCCCUGGGGCCCCUGCAUCCCCUCCCGCCAGUGUUCAGCUCCAGCCUCAGCACCACCACCCUUCCCCGCUUCCACCAGGCCUUCCAAUGAGGCCUCCACCCCGCCCUGGCUACCAGCCCUGCAGCUGCCCACCACCUCCUCGGCCACUCUGGGGGGGGGGGGGCCGCAGCGCUGCCUCCUCGCUGGGGAGGAGGGCUUGAGGGCUUGAGGGCUUGAGGGCCAGGGCGGGGGGCCAAGGUCCGUUUUGGGGACCCAUGGGUCUCCUUUAAACAUAAAAAAAUGAACAUAAACGAGAAAAAAAGGGCUGGGAGAGAUUUAAACACUUGAACGUUUUAGAAGCCUUAAUUGAAGCGCACAAAGCUUUUUGAUUGAGCCUGGAGGAAAAUUACCCUUUUUAAAUUGAGGAAACAGGAACAAAAUAGGAACAAAAAAUGCAAAACCGCUUUCAUUUAGGCUGUUCCUGAAAACAAAAAAAAGAAUGAAAUGAUGUUAUUAAUUUUUUUGAUGUUUAACGUUCCCCCCUACUUGCCCAAUCUCCUUCCAAGCUCUUUUCCUACCUCUUAUCUUCUACCCUCCCUUUCCCCUUAUAAACUAGCUUAGGAGGCAGCAUCAGUAGGCCUAAAGGCGCGGUACUGCGUAAGUUACACAAUAAUAAUAUUAAGAAGAAAGAAAUGUUUCAAAGAUUAAUGUAGAGAAGAAUCAUUCGUUUUUAUGGUGCAGAAAGUCUAGUUUGAAGUGAAUAGGAUGUUUUUUUCUCUCUUUUUAAAAAAAUUGCUUUUCCAAAUGUGAGACCUAACUUGUUUGCCCUUAAUCUCAAACCGUCUUUGGCAGUUAGGAGUGGAGAGAGAUGGAGAAAGAGAGAGAGGGAGAAAAACAAAUCAGCUAUGGAAUGAGGUCAUUCACUCUUCUUGUCGUCCUCUCUCACUCCCUCGACAUUUAAGCUGCCAGAGCAACUACACAUUUGGCCAAGUGUAGACCAGUUGAGACGUUAUUAGUGGAAGAAAAAAAAUGACAGUCAAUUAUACCAGUUGCCAGAGUCAGGGUGUGGACCUUUUAAUAUGUCUUCAGUUCAAUGUGAAAAAAAAGACAUGCGCUGUGGCAAGUUGCCCCUGUGGUCUGGUAUCUGUGCCCUUUGGCUCAACUUACAAAUUCUUAUAUACCUUCAGAGGUGCAUCUUUUAGCUGUGAAUUGAAAAACACAAGCCACAAUUUGUUUUCUUGAAAGAAAACUGAAAGCAAUGUUAGAACUUAGAAAACAGCUGAGGUUAACAUUCUCAUUCGUAACCCCCCCCCCCCCCCCUCACUUGUUACACAGCUAAUUCAGCGACCAACCCCAGAAAUGACAAAUAAAAACAAAAUUUUAUAAUAGAUGUUAUUAUGUGAGGAAUAUCAUAGGACGUUACACAGGUUUACAGCUUUCUUCGAGAGAAGCACUUUGUUUACAGCAGAAGGCACUUGAUUUACUGGGGAUCGCCAUGGCGACCCUAGUGACCCCUUCAACUUUCACCUUUCACCUUUCACCCCAUGCUUCCCAGGACAGAUACCUCUGUUGGUGCUCAUGGCCUGUGCUGUCACAGGCAAAUCCGCUAUCCCAAGAGAUCUAUAUUAUAUUCAGAAAUGCCAACAGGGGCGUAGAGUAUAUCAGAAGAGGAGGCAUAUACACAUAUACAUGGACUCUUCCUCCAGUCUUCCUUCCAGCACUAGUGUUCCACAGCAACCGAAACUUCUCUUUCCGCGCCCAGCUGGGAACGGAAUUGAAAAUAUAUAUUUUUAGGCUAAAAGUUUUUAUUAGGCAGGUUUUUUUCUCUCUAGAAAUAAAUGUUAAUAAUAACCCUGACAUAUGUGAAUAGAAAACAAAUGAAUAACAACUUUCAGUUUAAAGAAAAAAAAAGAAUAUUUUUGCAGUGUACGAAAUACCACAUCAGAAACUAUAUAUUAUAAUUGCUUUUUUUCGGUAAAGUGUAAUUUUUUAGAUAGAUGUAUUAAAAAAAUUGCUGAUUUUUUAAAAGAAAUAUGUCUGACAGGUUUACAUACCUAUGUAUCUUGCAAACAUUUUGAUCAACAAAUGGAUGAAGUGUUAGCUUUUCCCUAUAGCUUUCUCUGUCUUAUUUGUUUUUACCUUCGUGAUGUGCGCAAGUCAGAGUAACAGUGCCCAUCCGAAUGGAGGAGUGGACGCGUGCAUAUUAGGCUAUUAGUGGCAUAAUCGGCUAGAAUGAAUUUAAUAUAUCUUUGAUUCUCUUUGUAGAGUGUUUGGAUAGAAAGCCCUGUCAUUGUGAUUGAUUUGGAAAAUGAAAAAAAGGUCUGGCUGUAUUGAAACUGAUUCUGACAUUCAGUAUAUCCGCCAUAUUAGUUUGUUCAGUGACAGGCAUACCUACACCUGAUCCAUUCCACUGUAGACACAUGUUCUCCUCUGACAAUGAAAUGUAUACUUCAGCUUAAAGCCCUACUUUCUAACCUUGGACCCCCGCACCAUAGAAUUAGGAAGGGUUACCAUGAAACUAUACCCGAGAACACUGUUGUUGAUACUGGAGGGACGUUAGCCCACCACCCUAAUGGUCACUGUUUUAAAUUUGAAUUUAAAUGAGUUUAUGAAGAUAGAUUACUUUCAUAUUGGGAAAGAACAUAUAGUUCAUGUGUGCAGGUUUAGGAACUUUUUUUAAUUUUUUAUUUCGGAACUUUAAUACCUGUGCAAUCAAUCACUUUGUAACAUUUCCGUAUGUCCCUCACACCACAUAUUAAGUCACAACAAUUACUGCCUUUUUUAACAAGAAGGACACUCAGGUCCUUACCAAAUCACUGACUGCCACAGAUAGUCAUAGUGGGGUCUCUCAUGUUAGGGUCUCUCAAUAGCACUUGCCUGCUAGGCCUUCCUGCUCCUUUAGGGCGCGUAUACAUGUUCAUCUCUACUGCAUAGUGAAUGUGAAUGACCAUAAUAUAGUGUCUCAUAAGGAAGACCUAAGGUGACCACAACUCAAACAAAUAAAUGUAAGAAUACAAAAAUAAGUAUUGCUGCUUUUUAAAAGCUAUGGUUGCCCAUAACAACCAUAGACCACUAGAGGAACAUUUCAAACUGCAAAGAUGUUUUACGAAAGAGACAAAAAAAAACAUGUUGAAUCAAAAGACAGAAAAGAAAAAAAAAAUCAGUCUAGCUAAAACAUGCACAGUAGGACACAUGAACUGGUUAGUCCUUUCGUCUCUAUACUCUAUAUUCAGCUGCUUCUACAGUUUCUAAGGAACAUUUUUUUGUAUGAAAAGGGUGUGAGAAGACACAGUAUACAGAACAAAGAAGUCACCAGCCUGGUCUUUGACAUUCAAAGCAGGGGACACUUGAUUGGGAUUUUUGCCUAGUCGUUUGUUGUCAUAUGAUAUAUUAUUUUCUGUUUAUUUGAAACAGGACCUCAGAAAAAAACAACACAACACAUCACCUCAUUUUUAAUGUUUGUUUUUAUUAUUUUUUAUUUUCAUACCAAAAACCCGAGGAGAAGAAACAAUAUUUUGCACAAUCGCUCAAGAAAAAAAUAUAUAUGAAAAAAUAUAAAAUAUAUAUGUAUUGGUGAAAGGAAUCCAAUUCGAAAUACUGUAGGAAAAGCUCUUAAGAAUCAAUGAGAAGAUGAAUGUCUCAAAAGACAUGUGGCACCCUUUUAAAAUACUGAACAUAUUUGGUUUUGAUUCUCUAAUUUGUUCUUAAAAUAUAUAAACGUGUGGGGAAAAUACAACAAAAAAAGAAAAGAAAAUGCUUUUAGUCCAAAAUUCCUUUCGGAAACCCUGGAUAUGACUAUUUUAAAAAUAGAUUUACCUUUUUAUCUACAUUUUUUUAUCUCGAUAUUUUGUGAAGUCCAAAAAAGAAGCAUUUAUCAGUAAUGUGAAGCACUAUUGAAUAUUUGUGUCAUGGCAUUGGUUGUCAAAAGAAGAGCAAAUAUAUUCACUUAUUCGGAGGUAAAAAAAAAAAAAUCAACUUUAUUUCGUAUGUAGCCAAGGCUAUCAGAUAAUUUUGCCAUUUUCUCUAAGCUUUUGGCAUCUAUUGAGUUUGUCCUCCCCGGGUUUGUGUGAGCUGAUCUGAAUUCUAGCACUUUUAAACCUUUUAAAAAGAGUAUUUUUCUUUUAAGAUUUCAGCCUUAUAUGUUUUGUUUUGUUUGUAUGUUUAAACAUUUUUUUGUAUUUGACAUUGUACAUGUAUGUGCCAUUAGUCUGAGGAAUAGAUGUUAUUUCAUCUUUUGUUUGUCUUGUUUUCCCUCUUCCAAAAAGAGUUAACAGUAUUUUUUUUAAUAGAUUUUCACUAAUCUCUCUCUCUUCAUGCCCCUAACCCUUCCUUAAAACUCCCAUAAGGUGUUUCAUCUUUAAUCAAAAUUUGUUUCAUGUGAAUUUAAAGGAGUCUAAAAUGUCUCCCCAUUACUUGUUUGAUUAGACGGGCCAAAAAAAAAUAAUUGAAAAAAGAAAACAAAAAAGGCUCACCACAAUCAAAAAAAUAUUUAAUCAAAAUAUACCCCUGAAGAACCAUCACCAUCACAGCAGCUGUGAGAAAAAAAGUGGAGAGACGAGAGUGUUUUUUCAUCUCCUAGCCAUGCCUGAGGUGGUACUGGUGGUCUUAUGUCUCCAGUAGGAAGCCUUGUAAACAAGAUGAAUCCUAAUGGCAGAAUCACAAUGGUCUACAUGUGCCCUUGCAGGGACUCUUUUGAGAGGGCUUAGCUAGGUGAAGGCGUGGCUAUGCUAGCUUAUCAAGUGCCAAUAAGCAGUUUAGACGCCAGCCGUUAGUUCCACCCACAACCUUCAGCUCUGUCAAUGGUGCAAUGCCAGACUUCUCAUGUCACAGUCUGGCCUGCCAGGAUAUCCAAUGGGCGUGACGAGGGCCAUACAGGCAGGCAGGAAGUACCCUCCCAAACUACGCACUGUGCCCGCCCCACCCCACCCGCAGUGCUUGUGCUAGCAGUUGAUCCACAUGGAACAGCCAUCUAGGUUGUUGUAAUUGGGCAUGGACACAGGCACAGGGCGAGGGUACCUGGCAUGACCAUACUGUAGCAUAUCCUCAUGGCAAAGAGCUCUCAGGUUUCAUUGUCUCUCGUUCAGCUCUGAAUAUUUGGAACUUGAUGGUUUUAAAUUGGGUAAAUGUCGCUGCUUGUCCAAGCGGAAGAGACACAGAAAAUUGAGGGGUAACACAAGGAAAACAGGCCUUGGUCACAGCAAAACCUCGCCUGACGUGUCCCCAUGACUGGUCAAAGCAGACCAUCCCAUUUCAAAAGAAGAGUAUUGUCUUGCGCAUUGAAUAACAUGCAGCAGCAUUUGACAUUUCAUAGCAACGAGUUUCAUGGAAAAAACAUGAAUUUCUAUUUUUAACAUUGUCAAUUGUGACCUCUUUGGCUCAAAGGCCUUAUCAGUUUCUUGGACUGUGGUGCCUACUCGGGAUGCACUUAUCCACAAACAUUUUUCCCAUCAGUAGGCUCAGAACUGAGAAAUGUAAGGGAAUAUAUUAUGAAGAAAAAAAAGUAUAUGGCAAAAAGAAACCCAAUCAGAUUUGUCUUUUAAGUAAAUGCCUCUUUUUUGUUUUGCUUUAUAGUAAAGGAGAUGGGCAGGCUACUGUGAUACAGGCAACCUCCCACGUGUAGUUUUAUAUAUUUUUAGCUUCAUGUUAAGUCUUGCAUUCCAAGCUCUCUAUGUAUCUUUGUUUAGUGACAUAGUCCUUGUUAGUACUCCCUUUAUUACUGCCACCUCUGGAAGAAAAAGGUGAAAUACACAAAAAUGGACGUUUUUGUUUUGUUUUGUUUUUGCUUUCAUCCUUACACUAUUUUAUAUAGCAUGGAGUUAGUAAUCAUAUACAGGGAGCGUUGUAUAAAAAAGAGAAUAUGCUACAGGACAAAAACAGUCUGCUUUUUUUGUUUUGUUACAUAACUCACAUGCAAUCAGUUUCCACCGUGUAAAGUGACAGAUUUGUAUAUUGGUUGAUCCAAAGAGAUGACAUAACAACAUACCUAUUUACUUCUUUGUACAGUACAUUGUAUCAUUUGACUUGUAUUGUGUUAUGUUAAAAUGAUUAAAAGACAAAC